GACCCUACCCUUUCCCCGGGCUCUCUCCUUAGUCAACUUUGUUUUGAAUAAGACGGUUUCUGUGGUGCAUGGAACCAUAUUCGCGAGCUCUUGAAGCACCCAAUUUCUACAGACAGUGCGCCAGAUAAAAUAGAGGAAGCAAUGAGCACCCAAGUUCUGGCGUCCGACAUCGAGCUGGAUACUCUCACUCCCUGCACGGAGGUCACUGCCGAGCGACCAAAGUUUGACCUGCAGGAGUGGCGCAAAUAUGCCGCGGAAGGGAAAGCUCCGCCGCGCAAAGAGCGACUACACAAGGCAGUGCGCCGGCCUUGUUGAGCCUCUGAAGAAUUGCUGGAUUUCGCUCCUGCGCCCGAAGCAGGAAGACGUCAUCUUUGACUGCUCGCCAGGGGACGUUCUCAAGAGGCCUGGCUGCAACAAUGGUCUGCUGGCAGCCUUUGAGAAGGCGUACAGUGGACACCUGCACCUGCACCUGAGACCUGAUGACGUGUGGCUGACGAUCUGUCAGGGCGUCAGCAGACAUCUGCAGCACGGAGAGAACGCGGAGAAAUACCGGCGGGUGUUUGUUGAUCAUGACGGGCAGGAGGAAAUUGCGGUCAACGUGAAUGUUUCCUUCCUUCCAGGCGACUCACGUCUGCUGGAUUGGCCCAAGUGCGUCGCCCUUAUCACACAGAAGCUGGACAAGAAGGUCAAGGCCGGGGCGGGUCAGCUGCUGACGAACGACUUCUCCACCACUGACGUCAUCUCCAAGACUGCUUGGCCUCUGUGACCCUGCACGGCACCCAAGAAGACUGGCAGCGCCUCCUGGAGAAGACACGUGGCCUCCGCCAAUUGGAUAUCGGCCUCGACUGGUGGCUGGACCAUUUGGAGACCGUUGUGCAGCAGCUUCUGAGCACGUAUGAGGGCAGACCGGAUAGCGUAUGGUGGAGCCAGGUCCUUACAAGAGAAUCCUACGGGUCGGGGGGGCAGUACUCUUUGAAGGGAUGGGUGCGCUUUUUCUUCCCAUACACUGGCGGUUUGCAAAAGGCAGACUUUGCACGGGGGAGAACCGAUGCGAGCGACAUUCCCGAGGGUUAUGUGAAGUGCCCUUUCAAGCUCGAUAACCAUGGGGCCAUAAGCGACUGUCAGCUUAUCGCCGGAUUACCCGGGGUGAGGGUGACUGAGGACGGGGGAGUCGCGCCCUGCAUGGGGUGGCUCGUCCAGAAAGUGGCCGAGAAGAAAGAGUCCGAUUGAGCACUUUAGCAGGCUUUUUCAGAUUUUGUGGUUGUACUUCACAUAGCAUAACUGAAACGGCAUCUUUCACCUGUGAACGUGGGUCUUGCUAAACCUUCACAUCUGCAGGUGCAAACGUAGAAAUGCCCAUUGCGCAUGGGUUUUAUGAAUGCAGUGCCGAACAAAUGAUUGGAGUAUGUCGCUGAGUUGCGCAUCCGUUUCGGUGGAGGAUGGGCCAACAGCAGCUUCCGGCGC